GAUUCGCCUAAAGAAACUCAAGCAAUUUUCAAAUGUAUAAAUUGCAGGAACCGCAUGAAAUGUAUAACUGGAAAAUGUACCGAAUGUGACAUAUAUUGCAAAAAUCUUCCUGACACAGAAGAUAACGAGUUUAUGAUGUUAAAAAAUAGCCCCGAAGUAGUGGGUAUAUCAAACAGAAUGUCCCUAACCCCACAAAAUGACAUUUUCUCGAAAACCCUGUAUCCAAUAUCGACAUACAGGGCUGGCGAAACUAAAGACAUUAUUUGUAGAUUGGUAGGAAUAACCGAUACCACAGAUAUAGAAACAGUUACAAUUUGGGUGACAACUUAUACGAACAACCCACCGAAAGUACUGAAUCCUAUCAUGAACGACCAGCCAAAGGACCAGCAAGGAUCUGACAGCAAACAUAUUACGGAUUCAAAUGAGCCUAAUCCUGACUUGAAAUCUAGAUUCAACGAAUACGAUGAAGAUCAGUUCCCCAGAAUCAGUGACGAUGACAACGAAAACAUUAGAAGAAAUCCUGAUAUUAUAGAAGGACCCCCUCCAUUGCUAGGAACCAACAACAAUAUUGAUCCUUCUGAAGCCAUUACUGGACCUACAAACAGCAAUAUCAUUGUUGAACCUCCAGAGUUUGAAUCAGAUUCACCAGAUAAUUCAGUAGACUCACCAACCGUUCCAUCUGACCAAGCCAUAGAUAGCAUCAUCAAACCAAACAAAAUAAUAACAACCGGCAAGCCUUCUUUGAUCUCAAGACUAAAAAGAACUUACUGA